AUGAAAAGAUUGACCCCCGGAAUGAAAAUUUCUGGAUCCGCCACUGGUCACAAGGCCUUUAGGUCUCGACUCAAGGUCUGGGCUGCAUGGGCAUGUCCCCAUUGGAGCUUCUAUAAUGAGGGGGAUUUUGGCUAUGAUGGGAGGGGUAAGAGAGAAGGUCAAAAAUCAGCCCAUGCUUUUGGGUGUGAUCUGAGGGUGUUAAGUGCUACAAAUGAAUUUUUCAUAGACACAAUAUUGAAGAAUCAUGGGCUAAUGGAUUGUUUCUCAGAAAUCAACACCAACCCAUGCAUUAUUGAUGAACAGGGCAGGCUUAGAAUCUUACCCUACCAUGAUUUCCACUCAUCUUCUCAUGGCUGUACCAUUUGCCCUCCCAGCAUGUGCAAGGGUCUAAUAAUGGAAAAGAUCCAAGCUUCUGUUGCAACAGAUAGGAAGAAACAUAAAUAGUUCAUCUAUGUUGGGGAUGGAGCUCCUGAUUUUUGUGCAGGUUUGAAGCUUGACAAAGGAAAUUUUCUGAUCCCAAGGAGGGAUUUUCCAAUCUGGGACUUAAUUUCUGCCAAUCCAUUCUUUACCAAGGCAAAAAUUUACGAAUGGAAUGAGCGUGAUGAGCUUGGGGCUGUCUUGCUCAACACAGUUAAUACAUUAUUCACUGAAAUGGGGCUGUCUUGCUAAACUCAGAUGGGGUUCUCUUGCUUUCAUUC